CUCGUGGAAGCAGGUGAGAACUAUGAGGCGGCCCUCCUGUGGGGAUCUGUGUUGGAGGUCGACUGCGCUCGCUGCCUUCGAGGCAGGGGUGGGUUUCGCUUCCCGUUUGUGGGUACCUAUGCUCGGCGCUCCAUUGUUGUCUCGGCCGAUAUGCCUCCGGCUCAAGCCUGGGAGAGCUACCACAGGAGCGGCGAAGACCGCCUCAACGUGGCAGAUGUAUUCAGCCUGGGCUCAGGUCUUUGGCCAACGGACUUGCUGCCGGACCACGUCAACCGCCUGCUUCGUCAUGUGGAGAGCCAGGAGCAUCCAAGGGGAGCGACCCCUUCACAGCUUUGGCAGCUGUGGCGAGCCUGGCAGUGUGGCGAGCUACUCUGGCGGGAGCCGGCCUACUUUCCGGUUCCCUCUUGGGCGGAGGGUCGGCGUGAUGAGCGGGCGCGGGCUCACCGAGCGUUUUGGCUUUUGCUCGGGGCCUUGGAGGCAGGGUUGGCCAUCCUCCCCGCGAUGGAGGGCCGCGCCGGUGCGGUGGACGACAACGAUUUCGCAUAUGCAUUCUCGUCCUGGGAAGAAGCGGCGGAGAAUGCUGGACAUGCGGUGGCCGAUGCCUGGUCGGAGUUGUCCCAGGACCUGGAAGAUGAUGCCCUCAUGAGUCUCGUGGAUAGAGCGGUUGCAGCUGGCGCCGCGGCCCCUCAGCGGCAGAGGAGGCCGGAUGUCUCAGGGCCAGUGGCUGCCGAGUUGGCGGACUACCUGGUUGCUGCGGGUGCGCGGCGUCCGGUUGAUCUUCGGGGCGAUCGCCGUCAGGAGUGGGUUUCCUUCCUGCGGGUCUUGGCGGCGAACAAGGUCGCGGCGGCCGAGGAGGCGACCAUCAACAAGACCCUGAAGACGCCGCGGGAGCUCUCUCAGUGGCAGCAGCUGCGAGGCCGCUCGGAUGGGCUCGGCGACAUCGACUCCAUUGACCUCUUCGCCUUCCUCCAGGAGGGUACCCAGGCCGCGGUGGCUGAGCCCGGCAUGAUCGAGGAGCUCGAGCACAGGGUUGCCAGGAUGUAUGAGCAGAGCGAUCCUCGUUGCUCGUGCCUCCUGGCCGAUUGGCUGAUCAUGGCCGGCUGUGUGCGCCACAAGCACCUCGAGAGGUCGUUCCCCGUAUGCGUCACGCAGUCAACUGCCCACAUGUGGUGUGGCCGUGGCAAACAGGCUCAUUCACGAGCUGGCUUCCGUUGGUCAGUGCCAGCGCAUUUCACGGAAGGCUUUGCGUGGGCGGAGGCCUGGGUGGAGUUUUAUGGCUCCUUGCCGGCGGCGGCGCGGAAGCGCUGUGGCUUGUGCUUUGACCCGGCCGGCCGGCCAUGGCAGUUGCGCCAAGUCACCAUGCUGACGCAGGAGGUCUUCAGCGGGAUGGAGCCGCCAGUCACUACCUACUCGUGGCGGCGUGUGGCACCGUCCGUGGGUACGCUUCUCCAGUUGGAUGAGCUGAGCAUGCUUGCUCUGGGUGAUUGGCAGGACAAGGGCCGCAUACGAGAGACCGGCGCGGCGAUGCCUUUGCACUAUAGUGGCACUCGUUACGCUGCCAGCGUGCGGGUGAAGCACCUUGUGCUCUCGGCCACGGCUCGGUGUCUUUCCUUUGACACCUGGUCGGAGGUGCCGCCAGGCCGCCUCAAUGCCGCUGACCCAGGCCUGCGUGAAGAGGUCGGUGAGAAGGUGCGCGCGGGUACACCCGGCCCCGAAGCCAAGCUUGCCCCCUCCGACUCCGUGAACGGGCGAGUGUGCUCUGCUUUCUUGCGCAAUGGGAUGCAUCCAGCCCGCGAGUGCCAUGACCGUCGCUUGGUCAAGCCGGGUGAUGUGCCGUCGGCCAUUACAGUGGCGCAGGAGGCUGCGACGGGAGCGACCCGCCCACCUCUUCCUCGUGUUCGGCCUCCCUUGCCUGUGGUGUCCACUGAGGAGACUGACAUCGUGGAGGUCGAAGUCGAAGUGGAGGAGACAGCGGCCACACGCCCGAAGGCGAAGCCUAAGCAGAAGGCUAUGCCCAAGAAGCGCCGGGCUGAGCCCAAGGAGGAGCCUCGCCCACGGGUUCAGCUUAAACCUCGUGCUCCUCCGCCAGAGUCUUCUUCGCCAGCAACAGGGCCGCCGGCGAUGCCUGGCGCGACAUGGGCUAACCGCCCGAGGAGGGCCGAGCCAGCCUCUUCAUCAUCCGGGCCGGCACCUUUCCUGGUGGCAUCCUGGGUGGACAGGCCAAGGUCCUCCGGUUCCAGAGAAGGGGCCGCUGCAGGUGCCGAUCGUGGCCGCGGUAAGAAGAGGCCGCAUGAAGACUCAGAGUCGCGCUAUGAUCGGCUCGCGCGGGAAGGCCAUCGUGUGGACCGCCGGGCGUUGGAGUUUCUGGCCGGGGGCAAGUUGUACCUUGGUGGCCUGCCCACUCGUGCGAAUCAGGCCAACUUCCCCGACAUUGCGCUCCAAGUCACGGCCAUGGCGAAGUCCCCAGCAGACCGCGGAGGAAUUGUCCUCCCGGGUGCUCUGCAUCGACAGUGGCAGAUUACUUCGGGCGAUCGUCGUGAUUCCGACUUCCAGUCCCUGUUGCCAUUGGUCCGGGCGACAUUGCACGAGGGCCAGAAUGUGCUUACGCACUGCAUGGCUGGGCGGCACCGUGGCGCUGCAGCCAAGACGGUCCUCCGUUCCAUCCUGAGUGGCGAUAGCCUCGACAUCUCUGAGAGUUACAUCCAGGAGCGGCGCGAGAUUGAACUCAGUCAGAUUCGCCGCCAGAACAGGGACCUGAGUGACUGGAUGUUGCGGACAGUCCGCCUGACGAAGUUGGGUGCACCACCUCCGCUUCCAGUGGCCUAUGUGGCGACGAACAUGACCUCGGACAAGUACGAGGCUUUCGCGUGGCUCAAAGAGAGCUGCGUUCAAUGCUUCAGUUUGGCAGGUACAUAUUCGAGCGAGCUGGGAGUGACCCAGUCGGCGGGGAGCCGAGGCCUGAGUGACAGGCUUCGCCGGGCCUGGUCGGCGGUCCGUUUGUAUUUCUCAACUUCCGAGCAAGACCGAUCUAAGGUGGCUUUGACCGACCUGGACACUAUGUUGGAGGUUCGGUCUCUACACUUCCAACUGACCACUGUCCAGCGUAAACGGAAGCUCGGUGAGAACCUGUAUACUGAGGAGGUCGAAACAGAGGAGGCCGUGUCCCGCGAUGUGGAUACCUACUUGGACAAGCUCUAUACGUUGCUCCUGGCUUACAGUAUGGCGGGAGUGCACCCGCUUCCAGGGGUUGAUAUGAGCAAAGAAGCCUGUCUGAGUGCCUCAUCUGUGGAGUUCGUCGGCGUUCCGUUGGACGUUGCUUCCUCCUACUUCUUUCGGGCCAAGAAAUGCGUCACAAGCCUCCCACCGUCUCGGCGGCUUCAAUGGCUCCAGACUAAGGAUAUCGAGGAGCGGAGCGAGUGGGUCACAAGGUUCCGUGAGAGUACGCUGCCGCUCGGGCUGAUCAUGAAGCAGGUCAUGGAGUCCCGCGAUGCCCAUUGCGUUGUGCACGCAGCUGCUUUCCCGGUUGGCCAGGGAGAGACCCAGGCCACCGCCGGGACGGCGGCACCGCCCGGUGCACAGGCGCCCCAGGUCUCGCAUUUCAAGGAGGGCCCGAGCGUCAAUGGGAAGCGCGUGGCGGCGGUCCUCAAGGAUGGCACUCGCCUUUGCCAGGAUUUCCAGACCGGCAAGUGCAACAAUCCGAGGUGCGGCAAGGGCGCUCACAAGUGUGGCGUCGUGGUGCGGGCACAGCGCGCCUGUGGCUCGCCGGGGCAUGGUGCCCAUCAGUGCCGCGAAAAGACCAAGUGA